CUCUCUCUCUCUCUCUCUCUCUCCCUCUGUCAGUCACGUUAUGGUUCGGUUUUAAGGUUCCUCUCCUUUGCCAACUUCCUUUUUCGUCUGCUACAUGCAGUGUUCGGCUAUGGUAAGCCACUCUACAUAUUCUUUCUGUGGGGGCUGGUAUGAAUUAACCCAUUGGUUUUAAAAUUCAUUUUCUUCGCAAAUUUCUAGACGAACAUCGACUGUUCUGCUCAUACCGUCCCCAUACACACAGGGAAAGGUUAGGUGGAUGGCUCAUCCUUUUACUUUAGUUAUUGAAGGUAAAGGUGGUUUUAGGUGUAAGUAAUUGGAAAGAACGAGAAAGAGAAACAAACAAGGAUUUCAACAAUCAAGAGGUUCAAGUUAAUUACCUGUGAUUCAGGCAAUCUGAUUUUCUUUUUUCUGGGCUUUUCUAGUUUGUCUCAAUUCCUUUUCAUGGCCCCAGUUCUAUUCUCUUUCUUGCUUCUGUUGUAGACAAUUCCCAAUUCUCAUUUCCUUCUGUUUAAUUUUCAUUUUAUAUACCUUUGUAUCUUAUGCAUCCAAGACAGAAAUUACUAAGUUUUCCUUCUUUUUCUUUUCUCUGUCCAAACGGUAGCUAUAUAUAAUAGGCACAGUUCAUACCAUGUUGCCUUUUUGCCUAUUUCAUUCUAUUGUUUCCUUUGUUUAGGUUCCAGCUGAAACUAUUCUUCUUGAUUUGAUUACAGCUUUUUCUUGCUUCUUUCUGUGCUCAGGAGAUUUUAGAAGGAAAAGGUAGGGGAAUCAUUAGCACUUCUUUGAGAUUUUAAAAGUUUUAGAGGAGUAAGAUCUUUUGAUAGAAUAUCAAUGGAGGAGGUGACCCGGGUGGUUGCAGGUCCCUUUAGCCUAACAAAUUUGAUAUGCAAUGAUUCACUGACCAAAACCCACAUGGAAUUUGCUGGGGUUAAGCUUGUAGUAGCAAACCCAGAAACCUUGUCAUCCGACCACCCUGCAACUAGAGUAAAGCCACCUUAUGAAUCCAUCAUUUCUUGUGGACAUGAAAGUUUUUGUAUUGAUACUCCACCCAGUGAUAUUAAAAUAAUAUACGCUGAGGAAUCGGGAUAUGGAAGAGAUGGAGUAAUUUUGUCAAAAGUUGUGGAUAACAAUGAGGGUUCGAUUCCCAGCAAACCCAUGAAUCAAGAAAAUGAAAACAAGGACGACUUAGCGUCGUUAGGUGACACCCAGUCAGUGAUUAGUGAUAGUGGCAGCCUCUGUUGCCAGGAGUUUAUAGCUUCUGGAUCUAACUCAUCAACUGCAAUGGGUUGGGAAAGUAAAAGAGAUAGUCUUCAAGUGAAUGAUAAGUUCAUUUUGGCAGAAGUAAAUUUGAGAUCGAAGGCCAUGGCGAUGGAUGUUGAGGGUGGGUGUCAUAAGGCUGAUUCAUCCUCAUCCUCAUCCUCACCCUCACUAUCAUCGGAGAUGCCACAAGCAAAGAGUAGAGCAGGAGGCCACAAUCUGUUGGAAUUAAAUAACAUACCCCUCUGGGGAUUCACUUCUAUCUGUGGGAAGAGAACAGAGAUGGAAGAUGCUGUAGCAACUGUGCCUAGAUUUCUGCAGGUUCCGACUCAAAUGUUAAAGGGUACACUUGGUUUCAGUGGCAUAGAUCAAAAUCUAAGUAUCCAUUUCUUUGGUGUCUAUGAUGGACAUGGAGGAAGCCAGGUUGCUAAUUAUUGCCGUGAACGAAUGCACUUGGUGCUGGCCGAGGAAAUAGAAAAUGCAAAAGCAGGCGUAUGCAGUGGAGACAGUUGGCAGGACAAAUGGAGAGAAGCCUUUUCCAAAUGUUUUGUGAAAGUAGAUGCUGAGAUUGGAGGUGUAAGUGGAAGCAACCCCAGUGUUGCCCCUGAAACUGUGGGUUCUACUGCUGUAGUGGCCAUAGUUGCUCCUACACAUAUAAUAGUUGGAAAUUGUGGUGAUUCAAGAGCAGUUUUAUGUCGAGGGAAAGUAGCUAUGCCAUUGUCAGUAGACCAUAAACCAGAUAGAGAAGAUGAAUUUGCGAGAAUAGAAGCUGCAGGAGGCAAGAUCAUACAGUGGAACGGAUCCCGGGUUUUUGGCGUUCUUGCAAUGUCAAGAGCCAUUGGUGACAGAUACCUAAAACCAUGGAUUAUCCCAGAUCCUGAAGUAACAUUUAUUUCCCGAGCAAAAGAAGAUGAGUGCCUUAUUUUAGCGAGUGACGGGCUGUGGGAUGUGAUGACAAACGAGGAGGUGUGUGACAUAGCACGAAAGAGAAUCCUUGUUUGGCACAAGAAAUACGGUGGUACUUUGCCUGCAGAAAGGGGAGAUGGAGGUGAUCCUGCAGCUCAAGCUGCAGCAGACUACCUCUCAAACUUGGCUCUCCACAAGGGAAGCAAAGACAACAUUUCUGUGGUUGUAGCGGACCUGAAACCUCGUAGAAAGUUCAAGCCAAAACCCCUACACUGAUUACUUCAUUUACUCACAACAUUUUUCAGAUCAAUUCUUUCCACAUGCAAAACUGAUUCUUUACUUUGUGAUUGAGCCCAUAAGUUUUUUUAUCCUGGGCUUUGUAACAGCUAUAUACCCUAAACAUGCUCUGUAAAACACCAAACUUUACUAUCCAUGUUUUCUUUUCUUUUAAUUUUGAUUCUACUUCUCAUUUUAUUAAGCUCUGAAUUUAGCUCCCAUAUAAUAUCUUCAUCUCAAUUAGGCUUCUCAAGAGUUUUUUACCCUGAGCCCUCAGCACCCAUCUUGUACUUUUGUGGAGAAGAAAUGGAAGAUUACAGGAUCAGCUGUUAAUAUUCUUCA